AUGGCGACUGCAGCAGGAGAAACGGCCUACUUCCAGAGGGGCAGUCUGUUCUGGUUCACAGUGAUCACCCUCUCCUUUGUGUACUACACGUGGGUUGUCUUCUGGCCUCAGAGCAUCCCCUAUCAGAGCCUCGGUCCCCUGGGACUCUUCACUCAGUACUUGGUGGACCACCAUCAGACCCUUAUACAAAAUGGGUAUUGGCUUGCCUGGCUGAUUCAUGUUGGAGAGUCAUUGUAUGCCCUGGUAUUAUGCAAGUGA